AUGGACCCUACUCUUGUUGUUGAUAGUUACGCCCUGGCCAACACUGGCCCAAUGUCAAACAUGUCCACUGAUGAGCUGGACAUGAGAAACCAAGAUCUGGAAGCCCAAAUUGAGGAGUAUAGAGCCCAGUUGGCACUCACAAGAAGAAUGAUCAAUGAACGAGAUGAUCUACUCAUUCAACUACAAUGGGACGAGGAGGACCAGAUGAUCGACUACGAGGCCAAGAAGAGACGUCUGCAGCGUCGCAACAAGGCAAAGGUACAGAGCCAGGACAAGCAGAAGAUCAGAAGGCUGAUCUUCCAGAAACGUCUGAUGCUGCACGCACUCAACGAGCGUGACAGUGUCAUUGAGCGUCUGGAGCACGAGAUCAAUGAAGAGUGGACAAUGUUCCAGAAGGAGGUGGCAGAGCUGACACCGCCCGAGGAGAAGGAGAAGGAGAAGCAUUCACUGAGGAGCAGCUUCUCAUCAUGGGGCCUAUCAUCAUCAAAGAAGAGCUUCUCGCGUCCGCCCCUGGUGAAGCCAAUGUCGCCGCCCAGACCAAAGCCUACACUCGACUCGGACGAGGAGGAGAUACUAGAGAAGAUGGUGACAUUGGAUCUCAAGUAUGAGAAACCAUCACUGAGUCAAUCGGUUACAUUCGCGCCAAAGGUUGAAGAGAUCAAGUAUGACAAAGAGAAGAAGCCAGUGUUCCACACGGCUAAACGUCCAAGUACCAUCAAACAAUCACAUAUAUCAAUCAAAGAGGCCAACUGGAACUAG